AGAAGUGGGUUGUUUUGUCUGCUCGCGGAUUUCAAAAUCGAGCUACUCUCCCAGAAGUUUUCUUGCACUUUCUCGGCAGAAUUCCCGGAAAAGCCGUCGAUCAGUGGUGGGAGAUGGUCAGGAAAGAGGAUGUGGAUUUCUACUGUAGUUUUUCGCGUAAAGAGCUUCAAGGUUUAUGCAAGAAAUAUAAUUUACCAGCUAAUAGGUCAACUGCGGAUAUGGCUGAAUCAUUGGCUUCUCAUUUUGAGACAAAGAGUCUGAGCUCAGGCGCCUUUGGAGUUGGCAGGAUCCAAGGCGCUGCAUCAGGAGCACCAGCAAAAGGAAAAAUGGAUGCGGAAAAAGACUAUAAUGGUAGUAAAUUGGAAAUGAUUGGAGGGGAUCAUUCUCAAACUACAGUAGCUGGAGGAACAGGCUUUACCCCUGGGCAUAAAGCACAUUACCAGGACGUACAUGGCGCUCUGAUUGAAUCUGCAUAUAUUCCCCAAUUCACUAAGAAUUUGAAAAAGGGUCCAAAGGCAAAUUCCAGGAAGGAUUUUCUUCAGAGAACAGAAUGUCGUUUAGAAAAUCAAACAGGAGAGGUAAACACUGGUGAAUGUCCUCAAGAAACUUCGUUUCCAGGAUGCUCUACGUUUUCCAGUUCGUCUUCGUUCGAGUUUCAUGUCAGUUCGGAAAAGGGUAUUAACCUUUCAGUUGAUUUGAAUUUUAACCCAUCAGACUGGAUCACUAGUAUGAGAAAUGAGGUCUGUAUAUGGAAUAGCAUGCGUUCCAAGAAAUCCCGAAGUUCUGAUCAGGACACCGAUGACCUUACAGAGAGUGAGAAACAGAAAAAUCAGUCGCCACAUCCUGGCCUCGCCCAGGAUUUGUGUUCAAGCCACACAGUGAAAGAAGCCUUUGCAAGCCCACUCAUGAAAGACAAUGGUCAAAUACCAUCUGAUCAUCAGUCUAGCGGCGAAGGCUCUUUAACGCCAUUUGUGAUAGAGCCAUGCAGCAGAAAAAGGGAUGCCUUGGACAAGUAUAAGAAAGAAGAAAGGCAUAAUCUGUUCAUACCUGAAUCUUCAGCACUUGGCCAGAUUGUCUCUUGUGCUGAAUCGUGUAGUAAGAGCUACUGUGUGGUUUCUCUUGAUUUGGACCGUGUUAACUCUCCUGGAAGAAACCUGGCAAGCGAUUCUGGUACGAUUUCCACAGAAUGUCCAAUCACUCUUGAUACACAAGAAAAUCUGACUGGUGACCUCCCCAAUAAAAGUUCAGAGAGUCCAUCCCCAGGAAGUCCUCAAAAAGUUGGAAACUCACGUAGUGGUACUCCUAUAUCUCCAGGAAUAGAUGGUUCUGAAACGUCAUCAUCAGAAGCAAAGCCCUACAGGCUGAACCCAUCAUGUUCACCUUGUAAGAACAGUAGAUCCCCGGAUUUAUCUGAAUCAAAGCUCAUCAAAGAUGCAGAGUCAAAAGGGUAUUCAAAAUUAAUCUUCCAGUACAAUGCAGGCAAGAACUGUUUGGCAUCAAAUGUGGUGGAGAAGGAAAAGAGCGAAACCAUUAGUGGGCAGGAGCGCUCAGGGUUACUUGUUUGAAUAGUGUAGCAUUCCAUAUAUGGAAUUUUAUUUUUUGAAGUGAUAGAAGAAUGUGUAUUUACUUCCUUCAAGAUUUUCUCCGAGUCACUCUUGGUAAAAAUCUGAAUGGAAGUAGAAAACCUGUUGGUGAGCUUUUGGAGGAAACUGAAUUUGCUUGCUCCAAGGAUUCAUUUGCGGCCAAAGGAAACAAGUUAUUUUUGUUCUUCAAUUGUGGUUGAGUCAUCAAGUUCACUCGGAUCACUGCUGAAGCAUUAUAUUGAGUACCAAAGGGUUUUGCCAUGGUGAAGCCUGAAGUCAGUGUGCUAAACGCAGAAAGCCAUGGAGAGUUUAUUCUUUGGCGAGGAGAGUUUCGUGCCUAUCGGGAAGCAGCUGACAAUAACUUUGUUGCAUGUACCAUAACAUUGAAUGGGAGCAAUGUUCUUCCUGUAUAAAAGAAUGGCAUACAACCCAAAAUAAGAUGGGAUUCGAACCCGGGGCAUAGGAGAGCACUUUGUGCUCCCACGCCACCGGACCACCACAUCUGGGCGGGUAUGUGAAAAUUUUACCAGUCUUCCAUGUUAAGCAUUGUACAGAAACAUAGUUUGUUCUUUUAGAUCACACUAUUACUUAUGAUGUAGCAUAAACAUGUCAUGAGAAGAGAAGCCUUUGGUCAUUGUCCGAGGAAGGAACUCAGGCCAUGGGACAUUGUGUAUGGAAUUCGGAGGCACAAAAUGGGCAAGAAUUGGGUAAUAUUUUGGAAAAAAGCUGAGGAGAGAGGCGUGAUGGAGGCUGG